GUGGGAAGGUGAGACCAGGACAUAGGCCAGCCUAAAGCAAGAGUCCUGGGCCUGGAGGCUCCUGGGAAGGUGAUGGGGAGGGAGUAUGUGUCAGUGGCCUCAGGGCAGCAGCUGCCUGGUGAAUGUUCAUGGAGUGGAUGCUCUGGGAAGGGGGUUGGGUGGUGAGUUUCUCCCCUCGAAUCUGGGGGUGGAGCUGCCUGGUCUGUAAAUCCUGGGGCCAUCAGGCUAGGGUCCUGCAGCUGCCUGAAGGAGCCAUCUCAUCCACAGCUCUUCCUCAGUGAGUGGGGAGCCUUCCCUAAGGGCUAGGACACCUGGAUCAAGUUUCAUACUGGGUGUAUGGUGUGCUGCUCCUCUUCCCCAUUCCCAAGCGCCUCCACCCCUGAACCAUGCCAGAGAAGUCCCCUUUUCCUCUCCUCUCCCCAACAGCUCUACCAUCUAUUCUUGUGCUUGCGGCCCUUGGCAUGGGAGGGAUAAGGGGUAGAAGCACUUGCCCCCAUCAACACCACACAUCCAUUCCACAUCCCCAGCUACUAUGGAAGAGAUACAGCAGGCCACAGAGAAAAGGGCGGAAGGCCUGCCACUCUGGUUCCCUAGCACUGGUGCUCCAAACGCCCGUACAUUUAGAACUCCCCUGACCAUCCAUCUACCCGCCCAUCCAUUGGCCUGAAUUCAGGUCUCUGUUCCCCUCCAGCUUUCUUCCACUUCUGGAAACUCCUUGAAGGAAAGAUGGAUGGGCUUGGACAAGUGGAAGGGCCCUCAGAGCUGGCAAGGCGGGUAGCCUCUGUGCCCCGGGCUCAGGGAGAAGGCUCAUACCCAGGGGCAUCGUCCCCUAUUGGGCCAGGAUCCCCCAGGAUCUGAACCCCUGUAUGCUUGGGAUGAGAAGCGGUGGCAGAGAGGGAAGGGCAUAAGGAGAUACCAAAGCUGCCCCUGAGAUGCCAGUUUUCCAAGGUGGCCCUGGAGGAAAUGGGGGGAUGUGGGGGUGAGGUAAGUCUCCUUGAAUGCUGUACCCUGUCCAUUAGAGCAGCCAUGGCCAGCUCCAGGCGAGGCCUCCUCCUGCUCCUGCUGCUGCUGACUGCCCACCCUGGACCCUCAGAGGCUCAGCACUGGUCCCAUGGCUGGUACCCUGGAGGAAAGCGAGCCCUCAGCUCAGCCCAGGAUCCCCAGAAUGCCUUUAGUCCCCCAGUUGGGUUUCCCUUCUAAGGAAAGGCCCUGCACACUGCAGCAGGCAGCCCAGCCCAGACUGCCCAUGGCCUCCCAAGUGAUGCCCUGGCUCCCCUGGAAGACAGCAUGCCCUGGGAGGGCAGGACCGCAGCCUGGUGGUCCCUUCGCAGGAAGCGACACCUGGCAGGAACACUGCUGACCGCAGCCCGAGAGCCCCGCCCCGCCCCGCCCCGCCGUCCUCCAAUAAAGUGUGAGGUUCUCCGAAGCUGUUGCCUCGAGUUCUGUCCUUCGUCUCCUCCCUGUCUUCCCCGCUGA